AUGUCCCAUCACAUCCUCGAGCUUCCAUCACGGGCGCAAACGCUGCAAACACACACACACGCAACAACAUCACGACAGCUUUGCAUCCUGCGCCCACCCUCGCUAAAUCGCCAUCCGUUCCGUCGCAAACCUCUUACCCGUCGCACGCCAGGCGUCUCGCAAGCUGCGGGACAGCUGGUCCACAUAGGCACCGCCCACCAUGUCGGUGAUUCUCUGCACAGAUUCUGGGAGGCCCUCUCCGGCAUCUGCUCCCGUACGAUCCAGCAUCAGGACUCGCAGGUCAACCGCCUGUGCAUCUCACCCGAUAAGCGCUACCUCGCCGCGGCCGGCAACCAGGUCGUGCGGCUUUACGACAUCAAGUCGACGAACCCGAGCCCGCUGCUGACGUUUGAGGGUCACACGGGCAACAUCACCGGCGUCGCCUUUCACUGUGAGGGCAAGUGGAUGGUGACGAGCUCCGAGGACGGCACCGUCAAAAUCUGGGAGACACGCACGGGCACGAUCCAGCGCAGCUACAGCCACGGGUGUCCCGCAAACGACGUCGUCAUUCAUCCUAACCAGGGCGAGAUUAUCAGCUGCGACCGCUCCGGCUACGUCCGUGUCUGGGACCUCGCCGAGAAUACAUGCGCCCACGAGCUCACCCCCGAGCCGGACGUGUCCGUGUCGAGUGUCACGGUCGCCAGCGACGGCACGCUGCUCUGCGCCGCCAAUAAUAGCGGCAACGUCUUCGUCUGGAGAAUCGAGCAAGAAUACGACGGUACCCGCAUGGUGCCCGUGACACAGUUCUCUGCGCACAAGGAGUACAUUACCCGCGUCCUUCUCUCGCCCGACGUCAAGAAGCUGGCCACCUGCAGCGCCGACCACACGGCCAAGAUUUGGGAGGUCAAGGGGAGCGCGCCCAAGCCCGGCGAGCAGCCCAAGGCGCUGCCCCUCGAGGCCACGCUCACGGGACAUCAGCGCUGGGUCUGGGACUGUGCGUUCAGUGCAGACUCGGCGUAUCUCGUCACGGCGUGCUCGGAUCACUAUGCGCGUCUCUGGGAGCUACACAGCCAGCAGAUUAUUCGGCAAUACAACGGCCACCAUAGGGGCGCCGUGUGUGUCGCCCUGAAUGAUUACUCCGAAACGCGCUAG